CUAUAAGGGUCCUUCAGCGCCUCUGCAUUGUUAAGACGAAACUCGCGGAGCUGCUGGAGUUGCCGGGGAGCGUCUGUUGUACGUACAGAAAAUAACACUUAAAACACUGAAAUCCAACUGCAUCGUACAAAUAUAUCUUUCAAAACAUUGAAAGUAAAGAUGCCAUCAGUGACUACUGGCGACAAUGCUGUUCACUCCUCCAGUCCGGAUUUGGCCUCUGCACCAUGUGAAGCUCUCAAGCAAGUACUUGGUGUAAUUGACAAGAAGGUUCGCAACAUGGAAAAGAAAAAGAGCAAGCUGGAUGAUUACCAGACAAGGAAGAACAAAGGAGAGCGUCUCAACCAGGAUCAGCUGGAGGCUUUAUCUAAAGCUCCGGAGGUGGCUCACAACUUGGACUUUGCCCGUGAGUUGCAGAAGAGCUUCCUGGCUUUAAAUAUGGAGAUCCAGAAAUCAGUGAAAAAGGCAACACGACGGGAGCAGCUCAAGAGGGAGGAGGUUGAGCGCAAGCGACUGAAGGCUGUGCUGGAGGUGCAGUAUUUGCUGGAGCAGCUGGGGGAGGAAAGCGUGAGGCAGGACCUGACUCAGUCCAGUGGGGACGCCCCUGUACUCACAGAGUCAGAGCUCACGGGCCUGGACGAGUUCUACAAGCUAAUUGGGCCUGAGCGGGACUCUAGUGUAAGGUUGGCUGAGCAGUUUGAGGAAGCAUCCCUGCAUUUGUGGGAGCUUUUGGAAGGAAGGGAUAAAGCUGUGGCUGGAACCACAUACAAAGCCCUUAAGGAAAGCUUGGACAAGAUGCUGCUAAGUGGGCACUUUGAUCGUGCUCAAACGCAUCAGAAUGGAGUGUGUGAAGAGGAGACGGGAGCCGCCGCAGCAGCUGAGUCUUCAGAGAGCGAAGAACGCCCCGCUGAGCCAGAGGGAGCCACAGAAGAAUACACAGAAACUAUUGAGGUUGAAGAAACAGAGUUUGUAAACAGACAGUUAAUUCCAGAAGCCACGUACAGCAGCAGUGACAAAGAACAAGGAGCAGAGUGGAACACAAGUUCUCAGGCAGUUAGUGCCCUCCAGCAACCACAGCAGCCACCUGCAGCCAUGAGCCCGGCUCUGGUGAGCUCAGAAGCACACACGCUGAACGCCGUCCUCCCUCCCCCUGCAGCAGAUCCUGUGGUCCGAAGUCAGGCUGUCCAGGAUCUCAUGGCUCAAAUGCAGGGUACAUUCAACUUCAUGCAGGACUCCAUGCUGGAGUUUGAGGGACCGCCUCUAGAUCCUGCCAUUGUGUUGGCACAGCCCAUGAAACCUGCACAGAUGGUUUGUCAACCAGAAUCCCGACUACCCCAACACAACGCUCUUUCUGUGCAGCCUGAACCCACACAAGUCCCGAUGGUCUCCGCUCCAAAGGAGACCUACUCCUCCACACCCCCUCUCUAUCAGCCCCCUCAUAAUUCAGAACCACGACCACAGUCAGACACCAUUGAACCCCUGCAGGUCUCCAUGCCCCUGUCGUCUGAGCAGCCCCCCACCCCUUCCUCUCAGCCCCAGGUGUUUCAGCCUGUCUCCAAACCCCUUCACAGUGGCAUCAACGUUAACGCAGCUCCAUUCCAGUCCAUGCAAGCGGUAUUUAAUAUGAACGCUCCAGUUCCUCCAACCGGUGAGAUGGACUCUCAGAAGAUUUCCAGCCAGUAUCAGAGUAGCUACGGUCAAGGCUUCAGCACACAAGCCACCCUUCCAGCUGAGCAGCAGGAACUGCCUCAAGAAACCCUGCAGUCAGUUGGCCCUUUCCAUUCUCAAGACCAAGGUAUUCCAUCUGCAGGGGGACACCAGUCUCCAUCUCAGCAGCCCUCGGGGCAGAGCACAGGAUUUGGGCGGCCAGGUCAGUCCUUUUACAACAACAGAGCAAUGCCACGAGCUGGGCCCAGAAAUCCCAGAGGGGCUUUGAACGGCUUCCGUGGACCAUCAAAUGGAUUUAGAGGUGGAUACGAUGGGUAUCGUGCUCCAUUCCCAAACACUCCAAACACCGGAUAUGGGCAAACUCAGUUCAGCACUCCUCGAGAUUAUUCCAACAACACCUACCAACGGGAUGGAUAUCAGCAAAGCUUCAAGCGAGGAGCUACCCAAGGACCUCGAGGUUGCUCUCGAGGACGAGGGGGAUCAUUUCGGUCCAGCAGAGGAAUGGGUCCCAUGGCUGCCCAACAGACCAGCUAAACCCAGUCCUUUAGCCAUUAUCAGCCCUGUUCCACCCCUUUAUCUCCUCCACUCAUUUGGACUCUCAAACACGAGCCGUGCCACUCCAGACCAUGUAGUUAGAUGACUGCAUCUUAGCAAGUAUGGACACAACCAAUGGAUUUGGGAAAAUCCAGUAUCAAUGAGACUAUAGCACUCCCAGCACUGUAAUUGCUCAGAGCUCUCAAAGCUUUUCUCAAUCAUAUGCUAUUGCACAACCUUUACGCAUUUGAGACAGAACACGUGCCUUUGAUUAUGGGUGUCUGGAUUUUAAUUGAGCUUGGUGGAAGGACGACUUAGUAGCUGGGAACAGCUGCUAGAUUAUGAAUGUGAAGUACACCGUAUACCAAAGGCACUUCGUUUUUGGCCAAAUGAACUGUUAAGUGAAUGUGAAAAAUUUACUUGUACGUACUGUAUUGUAACGUGAUUUUUUUUUUCUUCUUUUUUUUGGCUCGGCCAAAUGGUUUACAGGAAAUGCAUUGUACUGUAUGUGGCUGAAUGACUGCUUCAUUGUAUUUCUUCCAAUCAGUGUUGAUUAGAAUUAAUGCUAAUAAAUGGUUUUUGAAGGACGAGA